CAACCGUUUACGUUCUUCUCAGUUCUCACACAAACGCUAACUCGUGUUACCUCUCUCCGAUCAAACAAAUUUGGAAUCCACAUAAGUCUCUUAUGGAUAAAGGGUCUUCAAAGGACGCUCCUGCCGUUCAAAGGAAGGUAAAAUUUGCGCCAAGAGCUCCACCUCGUCGAGUACCAAAGCAAGAAGUUAAAACUGAAGUGGUUGAGGAUGCUGAUGCAGUCCAGGCAAAAGAUCUGCUGCGGCGUUUCAAUGAGAGUGCGAUGAAGGCAAAGCACAAGGUUGAGAAAAAAGUGUCAGCUUCGCAAAUUGCUUUUGGUUAUGGAGGCGAAUCGACUUCUUUCAAAUCAUUUGGUAUUCCUAGGGCUGGGUUCAAUGCCAAUAUCAGCCAAAAUUCAGCAUUCGGGGUGAGAGAGAAAGAAUACAAAGAACCAUGGGACUAUUACAGUAAUUAUCCAGUAACUCUUCCCUUGAGAAGGCCAUAUUCAGGAAACCCAGAGCAUCUUGAUGAGAAGGAGUUUGGGGAGGCUGCAGAGUCCAGAACUUAUGAUGAAAAUGCAUCAAAUCCAGCAAUGGAGCUUGGCCUUUUGGAGGAAAACCCAGAGGCAAGUAUGUUCUUGAUUAAUUUGCCUCCAACAUUGCCUAUGAUUAAACAAUCAGCUACUGCUGGAGGCCAAGAUGCUAAUGUGAACUCCAAAGCCCCUGGAGGUUCCAAACUAGUGGCGAAACCUUGUAAGUUGAAAGAGAUACCAUCUGGCUUGAUAGGUAAAAUGCUUGUAUACAGAAGCGGUGCUGUCAAGCUGAAGCUUGGAAAUACCCUUUAUGAUGUUUCCCCGGGUAUGAAUUGUGUCUUUUCUCAGGAUGUGAAUGCUAUCAACACUGAUCAAAAAAAGCAUUGUUGCGGAAUUGGGGAGAUCAGCAAACAUGCUACUCUAACCCCAGAUGUAGAUGCCGUAGUUGACAGUCUCUGUGAUUUGUGA